UUUGUCUAAUGAGGUGCGUCGUGAAAGAACAUUUUAGGGAGAUAAUAUCUUCUGUUAAGUUAAGUGAAUCCAAAUAAUAAUAAUAAUAAUAACAAUAACAAUAACAAUGCAACGCGGUGUAGGCAUAUUUUGACUCAGCAGAUUAAGUUCGUCGCGUUUCUUCUUCUCCUCUUUGCCCUUAAACGCAUCUGGCGCUCCUAAAUGACGUCACGCAUGCGCCAAAAUAUAACAUGUGAAAUUGUGUGGCCGGUUCGAGUGGAGCCGUUUCUCAACUGUUCGAGUUACUACCUCAGUUUGUCUGUGUGCCUGUGGUGUGAUACCUGAGCGACGAGGAAUUGGUUUAACGCGAAUUCUUGAAGAGGAAGUUUUAUUUAUUCUUUUUUUUUUAAUUGGCUAAUGCCGCUAAUUAGCUUCCAGCUAAGAGCGACCAUCAAGCUCUCACAUCCUCACAUAUGGCAGAGGACGGCGUGAAAAGCGAGUCACCGGUCCAGCAGGGCACGGAAAGCGGAGGACAGAGGACCGAGAGCGGAGGACAGAGGACCGGGGGCGAUGAUGGAGAAGCUGCGGCAGAAAACCAAACUCUGUCCAAAAGGCAAAGGAAGAAACUUCUGAAGCAGCAGAAGUGGGAAGAAGAGAGGGAGCUGCGAAAGCAGAGACGAAAGGAGAGGAAGCAGCAGCGUCGGCUCCAGAGGCUGAACCACCAGGACGAGGAGGGAGGAGACCACCAAGGCGCCAGGAAACGUCUGCGGCGGGAGGUGACGCCCAGCUCUCUGAGGCUGGUGUUGGACUGCAGCUUCGACAGCCUCAUGCUCAUGAAGGAUGUCAGCAAGCUUCACAAACAGAUCCAGCGGUGCUACGCUGAGAACCGACGAGCCUUACACCCGGUGCAGUUGUAUCUAACCAGCCUUGGAGGACAGCUGAAACAGAGCAUGGAUGAAAAGGACAAAGGAUGGGUAAACUGGAAGGACAUUACCAUUAAAACAGAGCACUACAGUGAAGUUAUGGCCAAGGAGGAGCUGGUCUACCUGACCUCAGACUCGCCCAAUGUGCUGGAGGAGCUGGACCCAAAGAAGGCCUACAUCAUAGGAGGCCUGGUGGACCACAACCACCACAAGGGAAUCACCUUUGAGAAGGCGAAGGAGCUGGGGAUCGAGCACGCCCAGCUUCCUCUGAGCAGCUUCGUCAAAAUGAACAGUCGGAAGGUUCUGGCUGUCAACCACGUGUUUGAGAUCAUCCUGGCGUAUCUGGAGAAGGGCAGCUGGCAGGAGGCCUUCUUCACCGUCCUGCCUCAGAGGAAAGGAGCAGUGGCCGUCAAGAAGGGUAAAGAGGAGGAGGAGGACGAGGAGGAGGAGGAAGACUCUGAUUCUGACUCGGACCCCGACACAACAGAACAAACGGAGAAAAGCUGAAAGCUCACAACAAACGGACACCUUCCAAAACUGAUGCUUUGAGAAUGAAGAAUGGAGGAAGAAGAAAAUUUUAACAUUUGUUUAUGUCAAUUCUCUGUUCAAGACUUCAAGAGAUUCUGUUUUUGACAUUUUCAUUCAUCUGAUUUUUUUUUUUUUUUUUUUUUUUUACCAGAUAUUUAUUAAAAGGAUUUUACUUUGCUUAUUUUAUGGCUACUUAGUUUAACCGCCGAUAUAAUUUUAUGACAUUUGUUUGAAAAUUUAUACAAAUUCAAGGAUUUUUUGUUUUGUUUUUGGAAGGUGAAACUGUGCCAAAUGGACCCAUUUAAAAGAAAAGAUUUCAAACGUAUAAAGGCAACAUUUGUUUGUUCUUGGAUCCGUGUGCAGUUACUCAGAGUAUUUUUGCAGUAUGAAGAAGAAUUAAGGAGUUUCUUAUAAACUAGAGAGGAUAUACCAGUCAGCCACAACAUUAUGACCACUGACAGGAGAAGGAAAUAUUGAACAUCUCAUGACAAUUCAGACAAUACAGACAAAGAGACACCACAGGAGGACACCCCGUCCAUUCUCUGAUGAGUCACGACAGUUUUGGAAGCGCAAGGGAAACUAACACAAUAAAAUAAUAAUAAUGUGGAAAUAAUAAUUUAAAAAAAAAAACAAUAAAUUUAGAAAUAUAAAGAGAAAUAAAAUAAUAAAUGUAGAAAUAUAAAGGAAAAUAAAUAAAACUAAAAGGUUCCUGUGAAUUACAGAUUUUUGUGUCACAAAAUUAAUUUGUAAUAUAUUUAUAUAUAUUAAAGUUGACAUCUUUGUUGUGUUA